CCCCAGCAAGGCCGCAAACACCACUCGUUGAGUUCUAGUCGUAGCCCACCUCCCAGACGAACACACCAGCUUCCCACAGCAUACAGGCGGCGGCGGCGGCUGUGAUGGGAGGCGAGGCCACCAGUUCCGGCGGCGGGGGGUUCCGCGCCCGGAUAGAGCACGUCCUGUACAGCGGGGAGAAGAAGCACGUCGUCGCAGGCAUCGCCAUCUUCGCCGCCAUCUUCGGAGUGCCCUAUUACCUCAUGACUCGAGGGGCAAAGCACGAGUCUCACCAAGAUUACAUGGAACGGGCUAACAAGGCAAGGUCAGAGAGGCUUUCUUCUGGUCAGCCAUCAUCACUGAAAGAAUGAAGCAGCAAUCCACCCUAGGCCCAGAUACCUGUUUGCAUGCUCAGUUUUGAUUAAGAAUGCGAGGGCUUGAUCUUUGAUCAAAUAAACAGACCGUGUAUGUUCUUCAUAUGAGUAGCUAUAGGAACAAAUUGCAUGUGAUACGUUUAAUGGGAGAUUUUGUUAACUGGAGCCUAGAGCCUCUGGUUGUCGUCUGUGCUAUUCUGCUAGGGGACAGAUGCCGGAUAAAGCGGAUGAUUUUGUUUCCAUGGACAGCAGGUGCACUGCACCAUGGUUAAGUUUGUUGGUUUUCCAACUAUACCUGAACUAAA